AGCAUGUCCGGCCAUUCAAAGGAACUUUGAGUCCUCCAAAGGACAGAUCAGAUCUGACCUCCAAACUGGGUUCUUAGAGCUUGUCAAUCCAGCCAUGCCAUGGGUGCCUGUGAGCAGUUGGAGCUGGAGAUUUGCUCACACCGAGGCCUCCUGUCUGGCAACAUCCAGCCGCGGCUGCUCACCCUGCAACGCCUUGAGACCCUGGUGGUCCAAGAACGCAUCCGCUGUGCGGAUUUGGACCUCUCGGAGCUCAACUCCACCACCCGCGUGGGACACCCGGCCGACCUGGCAGACCUGGACGCGUCCCAGGCCGUGACCUUCCCGGAGCUUCUGAAGGUUUUGCAGGACUAUCCGCCGAGGUUCUUCGCCCUUGAGCUCAAGAAGGAACCGAUGGACAGAGAGCAGCUAGUAAGUCUCCUGGAGCGUUUGCGUGCUGGUGGGCUGCCCUGGCAGAGCAUUGGCGUGUGGUACUUGCCCCAGGAUUUGCCGCUCUUCGAGCAGUUGCAUCGUGAUCAACAUCCAGAAACUUUGGGUAUCAUGGCCGUUUUCGACCGCCCCUGGCGUGGUGCACCUGCUGGCUCCACCAUGAGCUUGGAGAUGGCGGAGCGCAGUGGGAUUCCGGUGCUGGGCAUGUCCAUCCACGUGAGCUCCGAACUCCUCACCGAAGCCCAACGCCGGGGCUUGGCCGUGGCCGCCUUCGGUGUGAAUAGCGAGGAGGAUUUGUUGAAGGCAGCUGCCGGCGGUGUGCGGUGGGUGCUUUCCGACGAGCCCUUGCGCAUGCGGCAGGCGGUGAUGCAAUUGAGAUCGAGUCUGGGCGGUUGAUUGGCGACAAACAUAGACCCAACGGAAGCUUUCAAUGACUUGGGAGGCAUUUCCUUGCCACAUGGGAAGGUUCAUAUACGGUAGAGGAAUGAACAACCAACAGUCUGGCAUUUGGCCCGAUUUCAUGACCUGGUUGGUCGAAUGCUCGGUCCUAUGUAGGCAACCUUAGCACCCAAACAUGCCCGGCCUAGAGCUUUUGAAACAGUUUUUUUGGUAAACAAGAAUGUGCAUGUUGACGGGCAUUUCACCCAAGGCGAAGGGUGAAUCCGAGAUUGCAACAGUUCCCUACCACAACCAGACCUGUCGCUGUCAAACCAGCUCUGCCACAGCAAUGCUCAGCAGGUCAGAUAGUCCACAAGGUUUGUUUAUGGCACCAACAGCAGGACCAGGAUGAUCUGUACUUCGGUGAGCUAAAGUUGCAGCUAGCUAGCCAAAGCAUGCACAAACCGACAACCAUACAAUCUGGUCUCCACCCUUGGAUGAGAGUAAAGAGUAGGAUAGAAUAGGCAUGUGAUUCAUUGCUGAGGAACUUGGGGUGCGAUCAGCAGUGGAACAUUUGGAUCCUGAUACUUAUCGCGCUUGCGGCCACAGCUUGUGUGCCAGGGUUUGAUGUGUUUUCUUCAUUUUAGUGACAUGGUAUGUAAUCUAUUUUCUGGCGGUGCAAUGGUUCGCACCCAAACAGAAAUCUCCCCAUUUGCGUUAGCCGUUUGCCUCAAGGUUCUCAGACCUCCGUGGCGACUCUCGGCGCUCGUGGUCCUUCCCAUCCUCCUUGGCUGCCGCUUGAGGGAACACUGAGGACGCUCCCCUGCCAUCCUCUCCAACGCGCUCACGGCAAAAGACAGCUCUGACCGUGGUGGGGAACGGGUCCCGAACGCAUGGCGACACUGCGGAGCUGCUUGAUGGACGGCCCUCCGAAAGGAGAAGGAGAUCGAAAAAACGUUGGAACUCGCAGCGACUCGGAAAAAGG